AUGCGAAUGUAUCUACUCCUUACGCCUUUACUAUCCUAUUUGGCUAUGGGAGCCAAAACCUCUGCCUCAUCAGAUCGCAGCCGUUUCCACCAAAGAGUAGAGGAUGUGGCUAUUGUCGAUGAUUCAGUGGCCACCCACCUACAGCAUGUUCUUGAGGGAAACCCUCUUCGAGAUCUUAUCCCAAGCAACUUCCUUCCCCCUUUUGCUUUCGAUGGCCAGCCACUCUCUUCUGGGCCGCAUAACCAAAAACACCGAGCUGGUAGAGUAUCUCGGCGCACAACCCAAAGCCCCGUUAAAAAUAUCAUCAGCAUGGAGAGCAUUAUCCUUUUACUGCAUGUAAUAGGAGCAGCUGAGAGUGCAGAGCAAGUCACAAACCUCUGCGAGACGGUGAAUUUCAAACGGAUUACCGACAACGGGCUAGACGGUGCCAUGCUUGAAUCGAUGAUAUGCAAAAGAAAUGAUCUUGAGUUUUACCUUCCAGCAAACUCAGAGGCAGUAAAGGAGCUGCUGUCAACGUGGUAUAUGGGGCUAUGGAUGCAAAUACUUUACGUUGCCUUCGCAGGGCAUUAUCCGGACCUGUGCAAGAUAUUUGAAACGAAGAAGAUGUCUGUUAUCAAUAUGAAUGGGACCUUUUUGGAACAUGUUUUGUGCUCUUUGUAG